UGCUCCUCUCCUCCGCCAGUGGAGUUUAACCACCAGCUUUCUGCACCACAGGGCAGAGACGGGAACACACGCACAAGCUAAAGCUGGCAGGCUGACACGAACGGACAGCUUUACAGGACGGAUUAUCUGGCAACUGACCAUUUAGCUGACUCGGACUCCGUGUAAACGUGGGAUUUCGACCAUGAGCUCAGUCGCCGUACUUACGCAAGAAAGCUUUAAUGAGCACCGCAGCGGCCUCCUGCCGGAGCAGGUCGGAGCUGCUGUGGCUGGAUCCAGCAAGGCUGUAGAUGAGGAGAACCUCCCCACCUACAAGGAAGCCUUCCCCCCUCUGCCUGAGAAGGCUGCCACACCCGAGGGGGUGCUGGAGUCCGGGAAUGCCCCGUACAAAAUCAGGCCGCUGAAAACCUCCGUCAUCACCCAGGUUUUCCAUGUGCCUCUGGAAGAGCGCAAGUACAAGGACAUAAACCAGUUCGGAGAGGGAGACCAGGCCAAGGUGUGCGUGGACAUCAUGAACAAGACCGGAGCGCACCUGGAACUCUCCAUGGCUAAGGACCAGGGCCUGUCCAUCAUGGUGUCGGGUAAACUGGACGCCGUGAUGAAGGCCCGUAAGGAGAUUGUGUCCCGACUGCAGACUCAGGCUUCGGCGACUGUGGCCAUCCCCAAGGAACAUCACCGCUUCGUCAUCGGCAAGAACGGGGAGAAGCUGCAGGAGCUCGAGCUCAAGACUGCCACCAAGAUCCAGAUCCCAAGACCAGACGACCUCAGCAACCACAUCAAGAUCUCGGGCACCAAGGAGGGCCUGGAGAAGGCCAAGCACGAGAUCCUGCUCAUCUCUGCCGAGCAGGAUAAGCGCGCGGUGGAGAGGCUGAACAUCGAUAAGGUGUUUCACCCCUUCAUCACCGGGCCCCACAACAAGCUGGUGGGUGAGUUGAUGCAGGAGACGGGGGCCCGCAUCAACGUCCCGCCGCCCAGCAUCAACAAAACCGAGAUCGUCAUCACUGGGGAGAAAGAGCAGGUUGCCCUGGCUGUGGCCAAGAUCAAGAUCAUCUACGAGGAGAAGAAAAAGAAGGUCACCACCAUCGCGGUGGAGGUGAAGAAGUCUCAGCACAAGUACGUGAUCGGGCCCAAGGGCAACACCCUGCACGAGAUUCUGGAACGGACCGGCGUCUCGGUCGAGAUCCCACCCUCUGACAGCAGCUCGGAGACGGUCAUCCUGCGUGGGGAGCCAGACCGGCUGGGCCAGGCGCUCACCGAAGUGUACGCCAAGGCUAACAGCUACACGGUGUCCUACGUAUCGGCUCCUUCCUGGCUUCAUCGCUUCAUUAUUGGCAAGAAGGGACAAAAUCUGGCUAAGAUUACUCAGCAGAUGCCCAAGGUGCACAUCGAGUUCACCGAGGGCGAGGAUAAGAUCACUCUGGAGGGACCCACCAAAGACAUCCAGAUAGUUCAGAGUCAGAUUGAAGAGGUCGUCACGGAUCUGGUUAAACGUAUGGAUUUCGCAGAGAUCAGCGUGGACCCCAAGUUCCACAGACAUCUGAUAGGAAAGGGCGGCGCCAACAUCAAUCGCAUCAAGGAGCAGUACAAGGUCUCCGUGCGCAUUCCACCCGACAACGAGAAGAGCAACCUGAUCCGGAUCGAGGGCGACCCGCAGGGAGUCCAGGAGGCCAAGAAGGAGCUGCUGGAGCUGGCGUCACGCAUGGAGAACGAGCGUACAAGGGACAUGAUCAUCGAACAGCGUUUUCACCGAGCCAUCAUCGGGCAGAAGGGCGAGAAGAUCAAGGAGGUUCGGGAUAAGUUCCCUGAUGUCAUUAUUAAUUUCCCCGACCCUCAGCAGAAGAGCGACAUCGUGCAGCUGCGUGGGCCCCGGAACGAGGUGGAGAAAUGCACCAAGUUCAUGCAGAAGAUUGUGGCCGAGAUGAUGGAGAACAGCUACUCGGUCUCAGUCCCCAUUUUCAAGCAGUUCCACAAGAACAUCAUCGGGAAAGGAGGUGCCAACAUUAAGAAGAUCCGUGAGGAGACCAACACUAAGAUCGACCUGCCUGCGGAGAACAGCAACUCCGAGAUGAUCGUCAUCACCGGGAAGAAAGCCAACUGUGAGGCGGCGAGGAACAGGAUCCUGGCUAUUCAGAAAGAACUGGCUAACAUUACAGAAGCGGAGGUCUCCAUCCCGUCCAAGCUGCACAACUCGCUGAUCGGCUCCAAGGGCCGCUUCGUGCGCUCCAUCAUGGAGGAGUGCGGCGGCGUGCACAUCCACUUCCCCACCGAGGGCUCGGGCAUGGACACCGUGACCAUCAGAGGCCCGGCUGAGGAGGUGGAGAAGGCCAAGAAGCAGCUGCUCAGCCUCGCCGAGGAGAAGCAAACUAAAAGCCACACGGCCGAGCUCCGCGCCAAGCCCGAGUACCACAAGUUCCUCAUCGGGAAGGGAGGCGGGAACAUCCGGAAGGUGCGCGACAGCACGGGCGCCCGGAUCAUCUUCCCCACCGCGGACGAUAAAGACCAGGAGCUGAUCACGGUCAUCGGGACGGCGGAGGCCGUGGCCGAGGCGCAGAAGGAGCUGGAGGCGCUCAUCAAGAGUCUGGACAACGUGGUGGAGGACUCCAUGACCGUGGAAAUCAAACACCACCGCUACUUCGUGGCGCGCCGCGGCCUGGUCCUGAGGGACAUCGCCGAGGAGUACGGGGGCGUGAUGGUCAGCUUCCCUCGCACCGGCUCUCAGAGCGACAGGGUCACGCUCAAGGGGGCGAAGGACUGCGUGGAGGCCGCCCGGAAACGCAUCCAGGAGAUCGUCGAGGAUCUGGAUGCUCAGGUGACCAUGGAGUGUGUUAUUACUCAGAAGUUCCAUCGCUCCAUCAUGGGACCUAAAGGAUUUCGCAUUCAGCAGAUCACCCGAGAACACCACGUCCAGAUCAAGUUCCCCGAGAGGGAGGACCAGCAAGCUCCGCCCUCCGAGGCCCCGCCGCAGGAGAACGGAGAAGCUAACGGCGAGGUGAAGGAACCGGUCGACCCCGCGGCGCCCAAGAAAUGCGACGUGAUCUUCCUGUCCGGCCGCAAGGAGCGGUGCGAGGCGGCCGUGGAAGCGCUGAAGGCGCUGGUUCCUGUGACGGUGGAAGUGGAAGUGCCUUUCGAGCUUCAUCGCUACAUCAUCGGACAGAAGGGGAGCGGAAUCCGGAAGAUGAUGGACGAGUAUGAGGUCAAUAUCCAAGUGCCUGCCCCUGACCUCCAGUCCGACAUCAUCUCCGUCACAGGCCUGGCUACUCACCUGGAUCGUGCCAAGGAGGGACUUCUUGAGCGCGUCAAAGAGCUGCAGGCUGAACAGGAGGAUCGGGCUCUCAGGAGCUUCAAGUUGACCAUCACUGUGGAUCCCAAAUAUCACCCCAAGAUCAUCGGUCGCAAGGGUGCCAUCAUCACCCAGAUCCGUACCGACCACGACGUCAACAUCCAGUUCCCGGAGAAGAACGAUGAGAACCAGGACCAGAUCACCAUCUCGGGCUACGAGAAGAACGCCAUGGCGGCACGCGACGCCAUCCAGGCUAUCGUGGACGAGCUUGAGGAGAUGAUCUCUGAGGACAUCACCCUGGACAGCAGAGUUCACGCUCGCAUCAUCGGCGCUCGCGGCAAGGGCAUCCGCAAGAUCAUGGACGAGUUCAAGGUUGAUCUGAGGUUCCCUCAAAGCGGAGCCGCCGACCUCAACUUGGUGACCGUGACCGGCCGUCCGGAGAUGGUGGAUGAAGCCAUUGAUCACCUGCUGAACCUGGAGGAGGAAUACAUGGCGGACGUGGUGGAAAACGAGUCCAAGAUGGCCUACAUGAGGCCCUCGGCGAGUGCGUCCGCUUCCUCCGAGGAACCUCGUGGUCCGUCCAAGGGCUUUGUGGUCAGAGAGGCACCGUGGGCCACCAACGAGAAGGCCCCUGACAUGACCAGCUCGGAGGACUUCCCCAGCUUCGGCGCUCCCGUGGCCACCACCAAGGCUCCGUGGGGGCCCAAGCGUUUCUGAAGCGGCCUGCGAUCCGACGGUCAUCCUCGCCCCCCCCUCUCGUGUUCUCCUCCUCUCCCCUUCUGUUCGUUUGUACCCUUUCGGAUGUGGAUGUCGACCUACUAGUGAUGCCACCCUCCCUUCGUCCCCUCCCGAAUAAAAAAAAAAAAGAAAUAAUAAAAUAAAAGAAGGAGCUGCACGCGGGUGUGGAGCGUUUCUCGUUUCUCAGACCAGCUCGAAAUUCAUCAGUCGUCGCUUCUGUGCUCGAUUCGGUGUUUAGAUAUCCGGGGUCCGUCGGCGGACUCGCCGCGCCGUUCGUUUCUGUCUGAUCUGGCGUGUUUGCUCUCGGACAGUCGGGUGUCGUAGCGGUGAAACCCUCCCCGCAGCACUUCAGUUCUAAUCUACACACAUCGAGCGAUUCGGAACAAAGCCGUGAACUGGACGUGUGUGUGUUCGGGGUUGAUGUGAGCUGCUCUCUCUGUUUAUUGGUUGCCUUUAUGUUGGGGGGCGGUGCUGGGGGGGUGAAUACUUUUAUACCUCUAGAAGAUACUUCAAAUCGAAGUCAGUCACCCAAAAAUAAAACACGGUUGCUCUUUUUUUAUUAUAUAUGAACAAAUCUCCUUGGCCGAGUGUGAUAUCGUUGACGUUUUAACGGUCUUCCCCCGGUCUUCGUCCCGUCUCGUCCCUCUUUACCCGUUUCAUGGAUCUGGGCGGCGAAUCAGUGUUCAGCACAUCCCCGAGUACCUUUACUUUCUACAGGGCCAGUGUUCACUACAGCUUAUUUCCUUUUAAAAAAAAUGAGCGGAGUCUGUUAGAACAGUUCUCUGGACUCUGCGAGGUCUUUUACAUCCACACUAAACGGCUUAAUGUUCACGCUUUUCCUAAAAACAAAACAAAACCCAAACCGGUCGUGGUCUGAAGGAGAAGCGUUCCAUUUCGUGCCGAUUCGAUGUCGAGUACUGUCGUGUGUUGCUCGUUCCUCUCAUGGGUCAGUCUUUAUCCCCCUUUAUUUUGUCUUCCAGUUGCUAUGCAGGUUUGGUCUGAAUCCAUAGCAAUGGCCCUUUUCGAUAGCCUUAUUAUGAAUGAUGAAUUAUGCAAACCCACCUACAAAACGAAAUAUGGAGAACACUGGAUGUUACUUUGUCCAAAAACCCAAUAAAAAUGGAAAAGCCGAA